AUGCGACUAUUAAUUUAAAAAUAAUAAUAGAUUCUUAAGUAGAAUCUAUCCAAAUUUGAAAAUAGAGCUGCACAAAUAACAUAUUCUCUAAAUAAAAUUUAAUAUUUGUUAAUAUACAAUUAAGAAAACGAAUAAAACAAAGAAUUCAUUAAGAAUGAGUACAAGUUUCUCUAGUCUCUGGUAGCUCAAGUUGGUGAUGAUUUGAAUGCGUUUUAGGAUAGUGCUGCCGUGCUUCGCUAAAUCAGUAAUAAUAAUGCUUAGCUUCCUAAUUCUUAAAAUACAACAAAUAACAUCUUUGGGGAUGAAAUCAAGAUAGAGGAGGAAGGAGAAAAAGAAAAGGAUUAAAAUAGCGAAUCAAACUAUGAUGAUAUAGAGGACGAUGAUGAAGAUGAUGAAUACGAAGAUUAGCAAUCUUAGUAGAAAUCAAACUUGCACCAAGGAGUGAUCACUCGUAAGAAAAACAUAGAAAAAGAUAAAAUUUAUUCUGCAUACUCUAGAAAUAGAAACGGGAUGCAUGGAUCAAAUAACUAUUCAAGUUCUGUUUCUGAAAGUUAGAAUUAUAAUGGAAGUAGUGGAGGAAAUAAAGAUUAUAACUCUAACAGUAAGCAAGUUAGAAAGAAAAAAUAUUCUGAAGAACUUCGUAAAAAGCUUAUAGAGGAAUUAAGCAAGAAGAAGUUUAGUUAUCGCAAGAUUUGUAAAAAGUAUAACAUAAACUAUGGCACAGCCUAUUAUCUGAUAAACUCAAUCUAAAAGGAUUAGGCAGAUCAAAAUUAAUAGAGCAAUUCAGUUAAUGUUGAGCCUGAUAAUAAUUAACCAUAAAAAAUAAUUUAAACAGGAAAUAAUAAUGAAGCAACAAGCAAUACUAACAACAACAGCAGUAAUAAUAAUACCAGCAAUAGCAAUAAUAACAAUAGCAAUGUUAAUAGCAUUAAUAAUGGUAACAAUAGUGAAAAUAAUAGUAGCAACAACAAUAAUAAUGGUAAAGUUACAGGAGGUACAACUUCUGUGGAAAAAUAAAAUCUACCCAAUCAAGAAUCUGGAAGAGCUAAAUAUACUGAAGCAUUUAAGUAGAAGCUAUAUAUUGAAUAAAUGAGUGGUCUUACUUACAAGGACAUUUCUGAUAAAAAUAAUUUAUCUUAUGAAACAUGUUAUUAUUUAAUCAGCACAAUAAAAACCUAAGUAUCUAAAGACUAGCAAUUAAAUAGAUAGUUGAAAGCCUAGAUUGCUUAAUUUAAAGAGUAGCUCAUGUAAAAUAAAGCAAAUGAAGUAUCUUCAAAAGCAACAAGCAAUAAAUAAAAUGCCAUACCCACAACCACUACUCUAACAAGAGCACAAUAGGCUAUACUUAAUGGAACAUCUAAUCCAAAUGAAAAAAAAAGUGAUAUCAACCCGAUUUCCAUAGACGAUGAUGAUGAUGAAGAAGAAGAAAAUUAAAGAAUUAAUGAUGAAAAAAAGAUAAUAGGUCAAGAACUAAAUAAUAAUUAAAAUUAAAAAUUAAAAAUAGAAGCCAAUUAAAAUUUAAGAUCUCCUAAUGUACUACAAGAAGAAGAUAGUGCCAAUGAUAGCGAUCAUUAAAUUGAAAUAUAAUAAUAAGAAGAAUAGGGUAGCAACGUAAAAUAAGAACAUAAGUUAGAAUAGGAAUUUAAUCAUUUGAACGACUAAAGUAGUGAGUAAUUAAAAAAGCAAAUAAAAAAAAAUGAGUAAGAGCAAUCAUAAAACGGGCAAAACAAAGACUCUUAGUCAUCUACUAAAGGAGGAUUAUCUAGCGAUAAUGAGUGA